AUAGUUAAAAAUAAUAAAAUUAAUAACAAUACUUGCCCCAUAGCGGUAUUGCAAGGCCUCAGUGCGCCAGGAUGUGAAGUGUCUAGAGCUGUGCCUGGCACAGAAGAGGAAGUCAGUACGUUAGCUGCCAUCCUCCACACUUCUCCCCAUAAAACACUAUCCGUGCUCUCAUCCGCGCAUGCAUGAAGACAGCUCUCUCUGCCCACACCCCCACAGUCACCAUGGGGCCAUAACCCUGCUGUGUCGUGGGCAGGGCCAGGAUCCUCACCUCAGGCUUCCACUUCUGGCCCCAGGACCUUGUGGUGCCUACUUCCGCUGCCGGAAUGGCAGGUGCAUCCCCUCAAGCCUCGUGUGUGACCCCUGGGGCAUGGACAACUGUGGCGACGGCAGUGACCAGGGCUCCUGGCUACCAGCCAACUGCAGAGGUCCCUCUCCGGAGCCCAGCCAGAUAGGAAGUACAGAUGCCCAUACCUCCAGACCCCUGACUUCCUCCCCAGCUCUCGGGUCUGCAGGAUCCCUCCGGAUUGCAGCUGAGAGGAGUUCCCCAGCAGGCAGGGACCCCACGAGACAGGAUGCCACUUUGGAAUGCUGCUCCUACUCUUCCCACCAAAAUCACGCCUGUCCCUCUCCAGGUGACAGGGACAGGGGCAGUGCGCCCAGGCCAAGGCCUCAGUAGACUCUCUCCUCUCACAGGCCCCCAGCUCCGAGGGGUGGCGCUGGCCUCCUCGAUGCUCCUGACCUCUGCUGGCCUCCUCGUGGGCCUCCUUUGGUGCUGCUGCUCUCCUAGCCGGCUGGC